GCAAACAGUGCUGACGUUUAUAUUCCAUUGUCUCUGUACACAAUAACCGUUAGCGGAAUAUAUCGCCUGCACGAGACAUGCGGCGUCCUCUUUGCACUUUUCAGUAGUUGCAGUACACGUGCAUAAAAUGGAGUGCAACGACUGCGAAGCCAUCGACACCGGCUCCUCCACCGCCGACCCGAACCCCAACACCACUUUAUACCGGCAAUUCCGGCGGUUCUCCCCGUUACUGACCUUAGCCGGCAUUUAUCCAUGGCAAACCAGCCACACCAAGUUUGGGAAAACUAUAAGAAUUGUAUCGUGGAUACCGUGUGUGCUCCUGUUUCUCCUAAUGCUGGCAUCCGCUCUGGAGCGUCUCAUCGUCACCUGCAUCCACCAGGUGGACGAACCCAACCCGGUGGGACUGGCGGCGGAACUGCGUCUCGUCACCAUGGUGUGCUUCCGGUUCUCCGUCGCCAUCGUGGUACCGUUGUGCUGUUGGAAGACCCGCAAACUGGACGCGGUGAUCUGCAUGAUUUCGACAUUAUGUAACGAUGUAUUCGUCAAACAACCCUGGCGGAAUUACAAGACCGCGGUGUCCUCGAUGUUAACGGUGUUAAGCGCAUUCUUUUUCGGAUACUUCAUCUUCAGCAGCAGUUUCUGGUUAAUGGACGCUUUGGCGUACCCGCACUCGUUGCUAGAGUCGGCGUACUCGUUUUUCUUAUUGGUAACGCGCAUCACCGCGAUGCAUAUUCGGCUGGUGUUCUACGCGUUGGUGAUGACGGUGAUUUCCAUUACGGGACUGCAGUUUUCGGUGUACUGUAAAACGGUGAAGAAUAUGUUCCGCCAGACGCAUUCGUGCGCGGCGAAAGAGUACCAGAUCCGGCAGAUUCUCAAUGAGCAUCUGUCGCUAUCGAAAGCCGUGGAGAAGCUGGAUAAGAUCCUGUCGCCGCUGCUGCUGGUCACGGUGCCGUUGGAUCUGACGGUGACGAUCUUUCUCUGUGCACACGUGUUUGAUGGGUCGAAGAUUGCCGAUAAGUUGGCGUAUGAGACGCUGAAGCACUCGUCCAAGUUGUCGUCGAUUCUGUGUGUCUUUGAUUUAACGUGGCUGCUUUUGGUUUUGUUCGGCCCGAUUGCGGCGUCGGCUUACUUAAAGCAACAGGCGGAGCGAAUAGUCAAAGAAAUAAUACAGUUCAUCGGAUAUGAAGACUUGGAGAACAAGUUUAAGCACGAGCUGACAAAGCGAGCCGCUCAAAUCAAGGAUUUCCCUCCAGUAAUAACAUUGUGGAAUAUCACUGCAUUGGAUCGGAACGUUUUACUUGUGGUGCUGGGUAUCUUGGGGACGUACCUGUUUAUUAUCCUGGAAGUGUCACAGUGGUACGAAGGUGUAUCAGAAUUGGCGGAUGCAGCCGUUGGCGCGGGCGGGGAGAACCAAACGGCAUCACAACGAUAUCUUAUCAUGCGCCGGUUGGUGCGGUAGACGGAUGCGACCGGCUAACGCAGAGAUAUGGACUACGCGGUUAUUCGACGCCUCACUCAUUGUACAGAUUCAUUUUAAUAAGUACUUCCCUUAUUUUUCUUUUACAAACUUCGUACGGCGUCAGUACCUGAAUAGGGUAUUUACUUCCAAACAUUUAUGUACAAAUUACAUCAAAACUUGCAUAUAGAACAUGCAAAACUUUCAUACUCGGUCUCACGCUUUGUUUUACUGAAUCCAUUUGAUAAUGAAGCGCCAGGCAUAAUUACGGCAUGUGUAUCCCUGGAUUCCUUGAAGCGAAUAAA